CGGCCCCGCCCCGCCCCCGCGGCCCGGCUGGGGCCGGCGCUGCUGAGGGAGCGCAGAGGAAGAUGGAGGCGGCGGCGGCGCGGCGGGGGGCCCGGCCGAGGCGGGCGGCGGGCGCCGGGCGGUAGCCAGCCUCCUCCUCCCCCUGCUCCCCCGCUUUUGAAGAGGCGGGCUGCCUGCCCCCUGGCAGGGGAUGGCGGCCCCGGGCCCUCCGCAGCUCCCUUGGCUGCGGCUGGGCCCGCGACUGCGGGCCGGGAUGGAGGUCGCGCUGCGGGUGCCCAGUCUGUUCCUCAUCGACGCCAUCUUCAACUCGUCCCCGCUGCCGGGGGGCUCCCUGAGCGCCGCGCUGCUGGGCGUGCUGCUGCGGCUGCUGGGUGUCUUUGUAUCCAGUGUUGUUCUGGUCUUACAACAGCGAGCACUUUUCAAGUUUUAUAUGAUCGCCUCGGCGUUUCUGCUGGCUGCGACUUCAGUGUUGGUGAAUUACUAUGCUUCUUUGCACAUAAACUUCUACAGUGCCUACUACACAGCCGCGUUCGGAAUUCAGAUCUUCCCUCAUAAAGGACCUUCGCUAUGGAUGGCGCUUUCCAUCCUUCAGCUUACCUUUGGAAUUGGAUAUGUUACGUUGCUAAACGUGCAGUCCAUAUACUCUCAACUCAUCAUCCUGGAUAUACUGAUUCCUGUAAUUGGCUUGGUUAUUGAAUUACCUUUAAAUGUCCGGCAGAUACUAGUUUUUAUUUCAGGCUUAGUUCUGACACUAAAUACCACAGCCAUUUUAGUUACAAAAAUUAAAUGGUUCUAUUAUUCGGUGCGAUACGUUUAUCUGCUGGUGAGGCACAUGUAUCGCAUUUAUGGAUUACAGCUAUUGAUGGAAGAUACAUGGAAAAGGAUUCGGUUUCCAGCUGUACUGCGUGUGUUCUGGUUAACGAGACUUACAGCACAAGCUGUGGUAUUAACAUACGUUGUAAAGAUGGCUGAAACUAAUACAGAAGAAAAAUUUUUCUUGAUAUCGUGGGAUAGCUGUUGGGAACUGCUUUGCAGCCUGAUCAUAAGUGGGUGUGACUCUACUUUAACUGUGUUAGGCAUGAGUGCCGUCAUUUCCUCAAUAGCGCAUUAUUUGGGACUUGGUAUCUUGGCCUUCAUCGGCUCAACUGAUGAGGAUGACAAAAGGCUUGGUUUCGUAGCGCCCGUCUUGUUUUUCAUCUUGGCUCUGCAGACUGGUUUAAGUGGACUGAAACCAGAAGAACGAUUAGUUCGCCUGAGUCGAAACAUGUGCCUUUUGUUGACCGCAGUCCUGCAUUUUAUCCACGGAAUGACAGACCCCGUGCUGAUGUCUCUCAGUGCCUCCCACGUGUCAUCGUUUCGCAGACACUUCCCUGUACUCUUUGUUUCCGCUUGCCUUUUCAUCCUUCCAGUUCUGCUCAGUUACAUCCUCUGGCACCACUAUGCACUAAAUACGUGGCUUUUUGCAGUUACGGCGUUCUGCGUAGAGCUUUGCCUGAAAGUAAUAGUUUCUAUCACUGUUUAUAUAUUGUUUAUGAUUGAUGGCUACUAUAAUGUGCUAUGGGAAAAACUUGAUGAUUAUGUCUAUUAUGUUCGUUCAACUGGCAAUAUUAUUGAGUUUAUAUUUGGAGUAAUCAUGUUUGGAAAUGGAGCUUACACAAUGGUUUUUGAAUCGGGAAGCAAGAUUCGCGCUUGCAUGAUGUGUCUACACGCCUACUUCAACAUCUACUUGCAAGCAAAGAAUGGCUGGAAGACUUUUAUAAAUCGCCGGACUGCUGUUAAGAAAAUCAACUCGCUUCCAGAGGUAAAAGGAAGUCGGUUACAUGAAAUAGAUGAUGUCUGCGCCAUCUGCUACCAUGAGUUCACCACCUCUGCUCGCAUUACUCCAUGCAACCAUUACUUUCAUGCACUUUGUCUUCGGAAGUGGCUGUACAUUCAGGACACUUGCCCGAUGUGCCAUCAGAAAGUGUAUAUUGAGGACAAGGAAAAUGCCAACAUCUCUAAUAACAACGGGUUUGUGGCACCAAACGAAAAUCCUGUACGAGUUGCAGAAGAAGCUGCUGAUGCUGAAAAUGAAUUAAAUGAAGAUAAUGACAGUUCCGAUAGUGAUGAGGAGGACAGUGACUGCGUGGCACCGCACUUGAAUGAGACUCUCAAUGUUGACUCUAACUCUCUUGGUGAUUGAGAUGUCCUUUACCAAGCCGUGAGGUAUUUAAGAUUGACUUCAACAGAAUGAAAAGUAUCACUUGUAGUUAUUGUACUUAAGCACAACAGCAGUAUCUCAAUGUCGAGUCUGUGAAUGGUGGUUGUUUACUGUGGUGUGUGCUACUGUAAAUAUACCUCUGACUUUUGCUGGUCUCUUUCAUGACCACCUUAAAAUUAUGUACAUUAUUGUACAUGGAAUAAAAUGUUUUCACAUGUUUUUAA